CUUGCUAGGAGAGAGUUUGCAUUGUUAACAUAUGAAGAAUGACUGGUUUUCAUUUGAUCUUCAUACCUUUGUAUGUGGUAAGGCCUGAACAAAACGUCUGCCCUGACCAAAAACUUCCUCUUUCAGAACCAAAGCCAGAGAUCUAUCCAUGUCCCUCAUGCUGUCUGGCCUUUUCAAGUCAGAAAUUUCUUCAACAUGUGGAACGCAAUCACUCCUCUCAGAACUUCCCAGGACCAUCUGCAAGAAAACUCCUCCAAUCAGAGAAUCCCUGCCCAGGGGAUCAGAAUCAGGAGCAGCAAUAUUCUGAUCCAUCCAGCUGUAAUGACAAAACCAAAGGUCAAGAGAUCAAAGAAAGGUCCAAACUCUUGAAUAAAAGGACAUGGCAGAGGGAGAUUCUAAGGGCUUUUACUAGCCCACCCAAAGGACAAAUGGGGAGCUCUAGAGUGGGAGAAAGAAUGAUGGCAGAAGAGUCCAGAACAGGCCAGAAAGCGAAUCCAGGGAACACAGGCAAAUUAUGUGGGGUAGAAAUCUCAAGAAUUGAAAAAGUCAAGCAUGGGGAGUGUGGGCAAGGUUUCAGUGAUAAGUCAGAUGUUAUUACACACCAGAGGACACACACAGAGGGGAAGCCCUACGUCUGCAGGGGGUGUGGGCGGUGCUUUAGCCGGAAGUCAAGCCUCCUCAGACACCAGAGGACACACACAGGGGAGAAGCCCUACGUCUGCAGGCCCCAGAGGUGA